GAAAACAGAAGGAUGAUAAGAAAAAGAACAGAAACAUUGUUCGACCAGGGACAAAGCCAAAACAGGAUAUCAAGUCUAUGUUUGCUGCUGCUGCGGUAACUUCCAAGAAGAAAUCUGAAGCAGAUGUCAGCCUGGCCAAUGAUGAUAUUUUGGAUGGAUUGAUGGGAGAGCUGAACAAAAAAGCAGUGAAAUUGCCAAGUGGCAAGCAUGACCAACCAAUCACAAAGCCACCUAAGAAAGCCGCUUAUAAUCCCUUCAAAGUAGACACGCGGACACCUCCACAAAAAGUGCAAGCUUUAGAAACAGCUGGUUCCGUUAAACGAAAUUUGUCCUAUGAAAAAGUACCAGUGUCCAAAAAAUCAAACAUAUCGGCCUCAAAAGAUUUGCUGACGGCAGUCAAGGUUGAGCCAGAUGAUGUACCUGAGCACAGUGGAUCAGACAGUGACAUCCAAGAGAAUAUUAAUAAAGUGGAGCAAGUUAAUGAUGGCCAAGAUGAACUUGACAUGUCAGAUAUUGAUUUUGAUGAUGUUGAGGAUUGCACCAGGGAAGACAUCAAAGUUGAGCCAACCGACCAUCAGCUAGAGAAUAAGCCCAAGCCAUCCAGGCAUCUUAUUAGUGAAGACACAUUGACUGUAGGAUGGGACAAUGCUGGAAGCACGGGUCAGUCAGUUCCUGUAGACGUUCAGGUGGACACCUCAAAACUUCCACUGACCAGCAAUGCCACAGGAGAGCAGGUGCUGAGGUUCUACUGGUUGGAUGCUUUUGAAGAUCCUUACCAUCAGCCUGGGACUGUCUAUCUGUUUGGUAAAGUUUAUGUGGAGAGUGUCAAGGCCUAUGUCAGUCUCUGUGCCACUGUCAAGGGCAUAGAAAGACGAGUGUUUGUCUUGCCUCGGGUCAAGCGUGUGAAUUUGAAAACCAAUCAAGAGUUAGAUGAAGACGUAACACUUCCCCUGGUGUACGAAGAAUUUCAGAGGAUGGCAGAAAAACACAAAAUCGACGAGUUUCGAUCCAUGAAAGUGAAGAAAAACUAUGCUUUUGACAAGCUGGAUGUUCCAGUUGAAGCAGAUUAUUUGGAAGUCCGAUAUUCUGCAGAUCGUCCAGUGUUGCCGUCAGAUCUGAAGGGAGAAACUUUCAGUCAUGUAUUUGGAACUAAUACUUCCAGCCUGGAACAUCUGCUCAUCAGUCGGAAAAUGAAAGGACCAGCCUGGCUGGAGUUGAAGUGUCCACAGGUACCUGCUGCUGAGACAAGUUGGUGCAAACUGGAGGCUGUCAUUGCAAGACCAGACUACAUCACCGUGUGUUCUGAUAACCAACCACCACCACCUCUUGUGGUCAUGACCUUGAAUUUACAAACAUUGCCGAAUCCAAAAACACGGCAGAAUGAGAUUGUGGCAGCAGCAUGCCUGGUUCACAGUGAUUUUCACAUGGAUAAACCAGCCCCCAAACAGCAGUUCCAGCAGCAUUUCUGUGUGAUCACAAAGCCUAAUGAUUGCAUCUUCCCAUUUGAUUUCAAGGACCAGGUCACAAAGCAGGCUGGUCGUAUGAAAGUGGAAAUUACUUCAGGUGAGCGUGGAUUGAUUGGCUUUCUCCUGGCCAAGAUUCACAAGCUGGACCCGGAUCUGCUUGUAGGUCAUGAUAUCUAUGGCUUUGACCUUGACCUGUUACUGCAUCGUAUUAGUGCCAACAAAGUGCCACACUGGUCUAAGAUCAGCAGACUCAAGAGAACAUUCAUGCCAAAGCUUGCGCAAAGUCAUGGAAGAGCUACAUUUGCUGAAAAGUCAGCUGUCUGUGGUCGUAUGAUGUGCGAUGUACAAAUCUCUGCCCGUGAGCUCAUUCGCUGCCGCAGUUAUGACCUCUCCGAGUUAGUCAAGCAGGUGUUGAAAACCGAUCGUACUGACUUGGAUUAUGAUGAAGUCCGAGAGAUGUUCUCGACCAGUCGUCAGCUUCUCCAGCUGAUUGAAAGAACUCUUGUAGAUUCCAAGCACAUCUUGAACAUCAUGUAUGAGCUGAACGUCAUCCCUCUGGCCCUUCAGAUCACUAAUAUUUGUGGCAAUGUUAUGUCGAGAACACUGAUGGGUGGCCGGUCUGAGCGCAAUGAAUGGCUGUUGCUUCAUGCAUUCAGUGAGAAGCAGUACAUCUGUCCUGACAAGGACUUCAAGAAGAAAGUUGUGCCUGCUGGAGUUGAUGAUGAUGAAUUAGAUCAGCCUGCAUCUAAGAAAACAGCUCAGGGCAAGCGGAAGCCAGCAUAUGCUGGUGGUUUAGUACUGGAGCCAAAGAAAGGGUUUUAUGAUACAUACAUUCUGCUGCUGGACUUCAACUCCCUGUAUCCAUCGAUUAUCCAAGAAUACAACAUAUGUUUCACCACCAUCUCAAGGUCAGGGGCAGUAACUGAGGCCGCUGAUGAUGAUGAGGCAAAUUUGAUACUCCCAGACCCUGACCUUGAGCCUGGAGUUUUGCCAACAGAGAUUCGGAAACUUGUUGACAGCAGGAAGUUGGUGAAAACAUUAAUGAAGAACAAUGAUGUCAGCCCAGAGCAGAUGAUGCAGUAUGACAUCCGACAGAAAGCCCUCAAGCUAACAGCCAACUCCAUGUAUGGGUGUCUGGGUUUCACUUUCUCUCGUUUUUAUGCGAAGCCAUUGGCUGCAUUGGUAACUGGGAAAGGAAGAGAGAUUUUGAUGCAGACGAAGGAUCUGGUACAGAAAAUGAACUUGGACGUUAUUUACGGUGACACAGAUUCCAUUAUGAUUAACAGCAACAGCACCGACCUAGACCUUGUUUACAAGCUGGGAAAUAAGGUCAAGAGUGAGGUCAACAAACUGUACCGUCUGCUAGAAAUUGACAUUGAUGGGGUCUUCAAGUCCAUGCUUCUUUUAAAGAAGAAAAAGUAUGCAGCUUUAAGUAUCUCACGUUCAGCCGACGGGAAAGUGACCACCACUCAAGAAUUAAAAGGUCUGGACAUUGUCCGCAGAGAUUGGUGUGACCUUGCUAAAGAAGCUGGACAGUUUGUAGUCAGCGAGAUCUUAUCUGGUCAGCCCCGAGAGGUCAUUGUGGAGAGCAUCCAUUCUAAGCUGCAGAAAGUUGGUGAAGAAGUCAGACAGGGUGAACUUCCCCUUCCUCUCUUCUACAUUACCAAGCAACUAACCAAGAACCCAGAGGAUUACCCAGACAAGAAGAACCUAGCCCAUGUCCAGGUGGCAUUAAGGUUCAACUCUAAGGGAGGCAAGAAGAUGAAAGCUGGGGACACUGUGCCUUACAUUAUUUGUGAGGAUGGUUCAACAUUGUCUGCCACACAAAGAUCUUACCACCCAGAUGAACUAGCCAAACAGGAUAAUCUCAAAGUUGAUACCAGAUAUUAUCUGGCACAUCAGAUCCAUCCAGUUGUUGCCAGGUUGUGUGAUCCAAUUGAAGGGACAGAUAGUGCUCGUAUUGCAGAAUGUCUGGGUUUGGAUCCGUCCGGUUAUCGACACACCACUCGCCAGGAGGAUACAGCAGAAGAAGACCUUGUGACCAUGCAGCUGACACUAGAAGAAAGGUUCAGAGAUUGUGAUAGAUUUACAUUUUGUUGUCCUUCGCCGAAUUGUGACCGUCAGAUAGUACUGGACUCUGUGUUCACUGGCAAUGAUUCAAACAUUAGCCCAGCCAUCCUGGCGUGCCCUAAUAUGGAAUGCAGAAUGCCAUUGUGGAAGUUAAAGGCCAAACUAAAGAAUCUUCUUCAGAUGAAGAUACAGCAACAUGUGAACAAGUACUAUCAGGGAUGGCUAGUGUGUGAGGACACCGGCUGUGCUGCCAGGACAAACAAGAUGCCCUUAAUCAUGCAGAGGGGUCACCCAGUUUGUCCCACCUGUGAUAAAGGUUACCUACAUCCAGAGUACACUGACUCGGCUCUGUACACCCAGCUGUGUUUCUAUGAGUACAUGUUUGAUGUCCCUAAAGCUAUCACAUGCCUGAAUGAUAUUGAGAAAGCCAUAGCUCGCAAGAUGAACUCUGAGAUCCUACAGACUUACAGAGAAUUAAAACUUGUCGUUUCUCGUUGGCUGGAUAAAAGUGCUUAUUCAAAUGUGGAUUUAGGCAAACUGUUUCAGGGUCUUGGAUUUUCCACAAGUUUGAACAGAGUGAAAACAGAAAAAGAACACUAG